UGUCCCCUUCCCAUCGCUUUCUCUGAGAUGUCAUUUCUUGUUCCUUUCUUCAUUGUCAAGUACAUAUGCUUCUCCUCCUUGAUGCAUACAGCCUUCUCCUCUCACUCUUUCACUAUUUAUUUUCACCCCUUCUUCCAAAGUUUGAAUCUUUCAAGUGGGCUUCUCACCAAAUCCGAGUAUUCAACCACUUACUUGCUUACACUUCGACCAUGGAUCUGAAGAAUGAGGGGAAAGCCCGGGAAUUUGAAGAACGGGCCUUGGAUAAAUUGGGGGAUAGUAAUAAUACUAGUAAUACAGAGAGUGGUGUGUUGUUGAGGGCUGAUAUGAUUGAUUUCAAGACAUGGGAUGUGCAACUGGAGAAGCAUUUGAACCGGGCCUGGCCCAGAAACACCGAGGCCCGCACCAAGCCCGAGGACUGGGAGAUUGAUCUGGCUAAGCUUGAUAUCAAGAAUGCCAUUGCUCAUGGGACCUAUGGCACUGUUUAUAGAGGUGUUUAUGAUGCCCAAGAUGUUGCUGUGAAGGUAUUGGAGUGGGGGGAGGAUGGUAUGACCACAGCUGAGGAGAGCGAUGCUCUUCAGACCUCUUUUCGACAAGAGGUAGCCGUUUGGCAUAAGCUCGACCAUCCUAAUGUUACAAAGUUCGUUGGUGCCUCAAUCGGAACUGCAAAUCUUAAGCUACCUUCUGAAGGGGCUUUAGCUGCUAGUUUCAAUUCGCUGCCAUCUAGUGCGUGUUGUGUCGUGGUAGAGUACAUUCCCGGUGGGACGUUAAAGAAGCUCCUGAUUAAGAACAGCAAGAAGAAAUUGGGAUUCAAGAUUGUGGUUCAACUUGCUCUGGAUCUUGCUAGAGGCUUGAGCUAUCUCCACUCCAUGAAAAUCGUGCACCGUGAUGUCAAGGCGGAGAACAUGUUGCUCGAUGCUAACAGAACUCUGAAAAUCGCGGAUUUUGGCGUUGCUCGAGUUGAAGCUCAGAAUCCGAGGGACAUGACUGGAAACACCGGGACUCUUGGCUACAUGGCGCCAGAGGUUCUUGAUGGGAAGCCUUACAAUCGGAAAUGCGAUGUGUAUAGCUUUGGCAUAUGCUUGUGGGAAAUAUACUGCUGCAGCACACCUUAUCCUAAUCUGAGCUUUGCUGAAGUCUCUGCUGCUGUGGUUCAGCAGAAUCUGAGGCCAGAAAUCCCAAGAUGCUGCCCAGCACCGUUUGCGAACAUUAUGCGUAGAUGUUGGGAUGCGAAGCCCGAGAACCGGCCUGAGAUGGACGAGGUUGUGAGGAUGCUGGAAGCAGUGGACACGAGCAAAGGCGGUGGGAUGAUACCGGACGAUGAGGCAAGUGGUUGCUUUUGUUUUAGACCUAGUCGCGGCCCAUGAGGGCGGUGUUUUCGACCUCGGUUCAUGUGCAAUAGCCUGAUCUAGUAGUUAAGGUUUGAGUGAAAUGUGGAACUGAGAUUUCUUGAAAUUUGUAAGUAUGUUAAACAAUUUGAGAAAAAUAAUGUAUCAUUUUGGUUGAAGAAA